AUGGAAGACAAAUUGACUUAUCAUUUUGAAACCCUUCAACUUCACGCGGGACAAACUCCGGAUCCUGCUACUAAUGCUAUGGUUACUCCAAUAUAUGCCAGUGCCUCUUUUGUAUUUAAAAAUACUGAUCAUGCAGAAGCUAUAUUUGCCGGCAAAGAUUCAUCUUAUGGAUAUUCAAGAAUAUCAAAUCCAACAAUUGGAGUAUUUGAAAAAAGAAUUUCUGCUUUAGAAGGUGGUAUUUCUGCUGUUGCUACUUCAUCUGGUCAAGCCGCACAAUUUACAGCUAUCUCUACAAUCUGUAUGUGUGGAGAUAACAUUAUUUCAACCAGUUUUUUGUACGGUGGCACAUACAAUCAAUUUAAGGUUACACUUCCACGUUUAGGAAUUAAUGUAAAGUUUGUUAAUGGGGAUGAUCCAGAAGAAUUUAAAAACUUAAUUGACAAUAAAACUAAAGCUAUCUAUAUUGAAUCUAUUGGAAAUCCGAAAUUUAAUAUUCCUGAUUUUGAGGCAAUUGCAAAGGUUGCUCAUGAUGCAGGAAUCCCUUUAAUAGUAGACAACACUUUUGGUGCAGGUGGGUAUUUUUUUCAACCCUUCAAAUGGGGUGCUGAUAUUAUCGUUCAUAGUGCCACAAAAUGGAUUGGUGGUCACGGAACAACUAUUGGAGGUGUAAUUGUUGACGGUGGAAAAUUCCCUUGGAAUAAUGGGAAAUUUCCAUCAUUUACAGAACCAAGUCCAAGUUAUCAUGGUCUUAAAAUUUGGGAUGCUUACGGAAAUAAAUCUUUCAAUAUAAAAGCAAGAAGUGAAAUCUUACGUGAUAUUGGUGCAUGUCAAAAUCCUUUUGGAGCAUUUUUAUUAAUACAAGGUCUUGAAACACUUUCAUUAAGAGUUCAAAGACAAGCUGAAAAUUCUCUUAUUCUUGCAAAAUGGUUAGAAACUUUACAUGAUGUUGUAAGUUGGGUCUCUUAUCCUGGUCUUGAAAGUCAUCCUUAUCAUGAAAAUGCCAAGAAAUAUUUGACAAAUGGAUUUGGAUGUGCUUUAUGUUUUGGUGUUAUUAAUGGAGUAGAAGCUUCAACAACUACUCAUCAACAACUUACAGAUCAAGAACAAUUAGAGUCUGGCGUUACUAAAGAUUUGAUUCGUGUAUCAGUUGGAUUUGAACAUAUUGAGGACAUAAAAGCAGAUUUCGUUUAUGCUUUUGAUAAAGUUAGAGAGGCACAGAAACAAAAUAAUUGUGAUUAA